AAAACCAUUAAAUUAAUGUAUUAUGUGGCGAUUAAGGUUAAAUAAAAUAUUACAAUAAAGAAAUACUAUCCGAUCCGAUUAUCAAAUCCGUACGUACGGAUUUGUAUGCAAUUUUUUACAGAAAUAACGAAUUCAAAUGAAAGCUUUGUAUAGUUAUUUCAUUAGCAUUUCAUAUAUAAUAACAAUAAUGUGAAGAUGUAUAAGACAACUUUUCAGCCGUAUUCGCAAGUAUAAAUAAACUGCAGCUGUAUUAAUGUUGUGCAAGCCCUCUACCCUCUAGUCCCUUCUAUAAUUAUUGUAUUUUCCUGCCUUAACUUUUUCUUCUUAUUAUGAAAUGUCUUGUCUAUGACAACAGAUGGCGAGGGAGUAUGUGACCAGAACAAAUUAUUAAUAUUCAAUAUUCUCUAUUCCAAUAGGAUAUUUACUUAUUUAGUAAUAAGCAAAAACCCCAACCAACACUAUUAAUUAUUAUAAUUAGAAUGAAAAAAUUCAACUGAUCUCGCAUGGUGGCAUGGAUCUCGCAUGGCUAUUUGACAAGAUAACCAUUUCGGAAUAUUUAUUACCUAUUUUAUCAAUGGAACCAGAAAGCAACAAGAUCAUUGUCAAUGAUCUUGUUGCUUUGAACUAUGAUUGUACUGAGUGGCCAACGAAGCACUUAAAGGCGUGACUAAUUGCCAAAAAUUUUAAUAUUGUGCGCGUAUUUAUUCACUAAUUCAAAUAGUGUAUAAUAUCGAAUAUAUGGUAAAAUCGUUGUGUACUGUACUUACUUUACACAAAUAGCCAUGUGUUAGAACCCCUAUAUUAACAGUAUUCACAAAUAAAACAAUAGUCUAAACUAGAAUAGAUAAAUUUGUUGGGUAAUAGUCAUAAAAAUAAAUUAUAUCUGUUAAUAUUUUUGUUUAAAACCAUUGUUAACUGUAGAGAUUAUGUAACAUGGCAAUAGGAUAAUUAAAAAAUAUUGAAGAUAUGGCAAUACUUAACACAUUUUUUGAUAAUGGCGACACUGUAUUUUUUCCAUCAAAAAUUGUGGACGACCUAAAGAGGAAAUGAAAAGUCUUACUAUUAUGAAUACCCAUUCAACUAGAAUUACAAAUAAUUUAUAGAAAAGUAUUAAAAAACUAGCAGAAGUAUACUGUUCAUUCUCUGAAGAUGGCCUCUGAUAUUAUGAAUGAAAAAAUCAGUAUUCAGAAUAUCCUGUUUACAAAGGCUUUGCCUAAUUAUAAAAUACCUAUACCCACUGAUGGAUACAAAGUUCACUCUUGUACUGAUUGUGGAGACAGAUUUUUGUUUGAGUCUAGCCUAGAAGUACAUAUAAACAGAAAAUCUUUCAUGAUCAAAUACUUAUGCAGGUACUGUGGGUGUCUAAAUGAAUUCUUUAAUAGGUGCCAGUUUUUAUCACAUAUACGCUCUCAUGUGACUAAAACUGCUACUAUAAACUUAAGUGAUAUAAAGGUGGAACCAUUACCAUUAAUAACAUCAGUUGUACAAAGUUCUCAAAACAACCAAGAAAAUGAUACCUUAAUAACUAAGCACUUUAAAUAUGCAUGUUUUGAAUGUAAGGAUGAUAUAACUGUUACUGGAAUUCUUGAAAAAGACAGAGCUUUACAUUACAUGAAAACAAUAAGAAUGGUGACAUGUCCUGUGUGUUUAUUCACAUUACCAUCAUCAUGUGCACUUAUUGCCCAUCUCCGUAUACAUUUAAAAACACCUCCAUUCAUUUGUUCAGAAUGUGGUGCAUACCUUAGCCUUAGAACCUGUAUGUACCCAUAUAAUCAUGAUUGUGAUGGUUUUAAAAUGAUGAGAGUAACAUCAAGAAUAAAAUGCAUAAGUAGUACUUGUCCAGCAAUUCAUCCAAAUAAUUUUCGUAUGCAUUUGAAAUCUUGCCAUUUAAAAAAAAUAUAUAAAUGUCCUAAUUGUUAUCUAGCUGGUUACAGUGAAAAUGCUGUUCUUAAACAUGUAAUGAAGUGUUGUAAUAAAACUAAGUAUUCAACAUAUUUUGAAUGUCAGGGCUGUCCUGGAAAUUUUCUAAGUUCAAGUCAAAUUCAUAAGCAUCUUGAUAUGCACUUCCAGGUGACUCAAAAAAAUCGUGAGAGUCAAAUAUUCCCCUGCUGGAGUUGUGGUUUAACUUUGUCUAAUGUGUAUGAUUUUCUCAAUCACCAUAUAUCUAAACAUUGGUCCUAUACUAACAAUAAAAUAUUAGUAAAUGUUAUAAAGACUGUUAAAUAUGAAAAUUGUGAUUCUUGUCAUAAGACAUUAUGGUACUGGCAACAGAGCCAUGAAAGAUUCAAGAAAUGUUUUUAUUGCAUUCUUAAUGGCAAUUCAGAAACUAUAUUUGUGGAAACAUUCAGUAAUCAGCUUAACAAAAAUCAUAAUAUAAAGUGCCAUGUAUGCAAAAUUGAAGUAAACGAAAAUUGGGAAGAUAUUAAAAAGCAUUAUAACCAAUUUCACAAAAGUAUCAAAUAUUUAGACUUAAAAUUGGUUGUAAGUAAAUUAAACUCGAAGAGUUUUCAGAAAUAUGCAAACAAGUCACAUAAUGCAUCAACAAAAAAAAUUACCAAACAUUUUAAACAGAAAAAAAGACCAAGUACAAUUAAACCACUCUAUGAUAAAAUCAACAUUAAUAAUUCUACAAAAGAAAUACUUAAAAAAUCCCACAAUUGUUCGAAGUGCAACUAUAAUACUGAAGAUAUAAUAUCUUUUGAAUCCCAUAUAAAAACUCACAGGGAUCCUGAUAUGGCUUACCAAUGUAUGGAAUGUGGUAAUUGUUUAGCAGUAAAACCAUCAUUUUCUAAACAUUUACUAUUGGAACACAAUAUAUCUGAUGUAGAAUAUUAUAUAAAAAAUAAAGAUUGCUUCAAUAAAACAGCUUUUGAGAAAACAAUGAAAGUCCAACCAGAGGAAAAUUUGCCACUUGAAAAAAAUCAGUGCAAUGUGUGUAGAGAUAAAUUUAUAGAUUCCAACAGUUUGGAAAAACAUUAUAGAGUUCAUGGUAUGGCUUUCUUAAUUAAAAACACACAAAAAUCUAAGAGCCCACAAAAAGAAACGGAUAAUUAAUAUUGUUAGACAAGAAACUUUUUAUUACCUACUUCAGGUUCAUGCCCCUCACAUUACUUCACUAUAUUCAUAUAAUAUUGAAUUUAUAAAUAGCAAUGUUUUGAAUGUUAUAGCAGGACAAUUUUGUUUUUAAUAACUGUUGCUGCUCCUCCUUUCUUCUAUAUAUAUCUGUAAUUAUAUAAUUUCUGUAACUCAUUUAUUGUAUGGUGGUGUAAGGUUUUUGGAUUUGCAACAGAAUAUUUAAAAUGUUAUAUACAACCUGUGCUGCACAGUAUUUAGGUGGGAUGCUAUGUAGCUUUCCAUUGUUAAAUGGAUUAAUUACCCACUGUAAGCGAUUUUCAGUAGUACCUUCCUAAACCAAACUAACAUCCUUAGUUUCAUUUUAUAAGUUUAGUUAAAACUGAAUAAUGUGGAUGAUUGUAAAUAAAAUUUAUGUUAACCCUUCUGAACCAUUCCAAAUCAACUUUUUCUGAAAUAUUUUACUGUGAAAAAUAAAUACUUAUACACAAAUA